AUGCGAGUUUCGGUAAAUUCGGUAUUUUACAUAUUUCUUGCAAAUCCGUAAAAAUGUAGGAAUAGAAUUGCGAAUGAAAUGUUCUGCUAAUUCAAUUAAGGGAAAUGAUUAACAAAGUCUACAAUUAAUAGACUUUUCGCAUUUAUAGUAAUUUUCUUUUUUUUUUUCUUUCUUUCUUUCUUUGCAGUGUAAUAACAGUGACUGAUUGUCACUAACAGUGUUAAUAUUCUUUGUUUAGGUCACGUAUUCGGCGGAUCUGGCCAUCGAGAUACCAGGGAACUUGAGCCAGGGAGGCUCUUGGUAUCGCCUGGAUUACAGCCCUGCUGUAGGUUAUCCACCGCCAAAUACCACCAUAGCCGCCACCGAUAUCGGUGAUGUGAUCAAGUUUAAAGACGGACUUCCUGGCACUAGAUAUGAAUUUUGGUUGUAUUAUAGCAAUAGCACUCUUCACGAUUGGCUGACAUGGACUGCGUCCAUAACUACAGCCCCGGAUCCGCCCUCGAACCUCACCGUCUCCGUGCGGAAUGGAAAGACCGCGAUAGUCUAUUGGGCGCCGCCAGCCCAGGGCAAUUAUUCUGGUUUCCGGCUGAGGGUGCAAAGUUUCAGCGACACCGGAAAUCCAAAAACCAGCGUCAUCCCCGCGGAUGCGGUGCCCUAUGUUCUGCGUGAUCUCAUCCCCGGGGCUACGUACUCCCUUCAACUUUUCACCGUGUUAGACACCAAAGAAAGCGUCGCCUACACCAGCAGGAAUUUCACCACCAAACCCAACACACCGGGGAAGUUUAUCGUGUGGUUUAGAAACGAGACGACCUUACUGGUCCUUUGGCAGCCGCCCUAUCCUGCUGGGAUUUACAGCCAUUAUAAAGUUAGUAUAGAUCCUGCCGAUGCCAUAGAAUCUGUUCUUUACGUGGAGAAAGAAGGAGAGCCUCCUGGGCCUGCACAGGCUGCUUUCAAAGGACUCGUCCCUGGCCGGGCUUACAAUAUUUCCGUUCAAACGAUGUCAGAGGACGAAACCUCGGCCCCCACAACGGCUCAGUAUCGAACGGUGCCAUUACGUCCCCUCAACGUUACAUUCGACAAGUCCUCGAUAACGUCCACGUCGUUUCGCGUUUUCUGGAACCCUCCCGAGGGGGUGUCCGAAUUCGAUAAGUAUCAAAUAUCGUUAGGGGGUAACAGAAGAUUAGCGCCAGUUACCAGGAACAGAGACGACGAGAGUAAAUGGGAAUUCAAAGACCUAGAGCCAGGGAAAACUUAUCAAGUGGUGGUGAAGACAGUGUCGGGCAAGGUAACCAGUUGGCCAGCUAACGGAGACGUUACUUUAAAACCGUUACCCGUGCGCGAUCUUCGCGCCGUCAUCGAUGAAAAAACCGGAAUGGUGGAGGUGUCUUGGCAUCCCGAAAAUUCGAGCACUCAGGACAGCUACAAGCUUCAAUAUCACGAAGUGGAAACUACGAUCGGCGCUUUAUUACCAGGCAGAAAUUACUCGAUAAUCGUUGAAGCGAUUAGUAAUAAGGUUGAAUCGAACGAGACGGUGUUGUAUCAAGUGACACGACCCUCCAGCCCUAUAAUCGAGGAUUUAAAGCCAACGGAGAUGGGGCUGAACAUCUCGUGGAAAAGCGACGUUAACUCGAGACAAGAGAAAUUCGAAGUAACGCACAACAGAAACGAUACCGGGGAGAGCGCAACCACGUUAACCACGGAAUCUCAUAUCGUUCUGGAGGACCUUUACCCUGGCGCGGCGUACGAAGUCAAAGUUUUCGCCAUUAGCCACGUGCCUCACGCGCCAAAGAAUUUGAGUAUCGAGAAAGUAACGAGCAACACGGUGGUCGUACACUGGGAGGCGCCAAUUGACUCGCUGUAUUCCGAGUUUUCGAUACGAUAUCGAACAGAGGAUGAUCCGCGUUGGGCAAAAUUGCCAAGUGUUCGAGAAACGGAAGCAGAAGUGGCGGACAUGACGCCAGGAGAGAAAUACACGAUCCAAGUGAACACCGUGAGCUACGGGGUCGAAAGUCUAUAUCCCCUUCAAGUGAAUCAUACAGUUCGACCCAAUCCAGUACUUAAUAUCACUCCAGUCAUCGAUUCGACGAACGUGACACUGGAAUGGCCAAGGCCAGAGGGUAGAAUCGAAACCUACGUGAUAAGGUGGUGGCCAGUGGAGAAUCCCGAAGACAUACACGCUAAAAAUGUCACGGAGAGCAACGACGUGACCGGCGUACUUUUCGAAGAAAACACAGUGCAGAAGGUGCUUAUCAGCGACCUGAUGCCGGGCGUUCAAUAUUCAUUUGUGCUCUACACUGUCUCUUACAAUUUGUUCAGUGAUAUCACCAAUUUGACAACCAGGACAAUGCCGCUGAUUCAGUCGGAAGUGGUCGUCGUGGUCGAUCAAGAUCAGCCCGAUUCGUUAACAUUGAGAUACACACGGACCCCCGUUCAAUCAUCCAAGUUCGAUCUGUAUCGAUUCCGGAUUAGCGACGAGAGCAACACGACGAAAGAGCGGAUGGUCGACGACAUCGACACCAAAGUGACGUUCACCGGCCUUACACCUGGCAAACUGUACAACGUCACUGUUUGGACCGUCAGCGAUAACGUGGAGAGCAGACCUCUGAUCAAGCAGGAUCGACUUUAACAUCACGAGCGCGAAUCUAAUAACCAUCUCGGAUUUAAAGCCGCACAGAAACUACACGUUCACGUUGGUCGUGCGUUCGGGCACAGCGUCCUCUUACCUCAGGAUAUCGAAUCCUGUGAGCGCGAGCUUCACCACCAGCGAAUCUUAUCCUGGCAAAGUGGAGAAGUUUCACCCUACAGAUAUUCAGCCCAGUGACAUUAGUUUCGAGUGGUCUUUACCAAGCCAGGAACAGAACGGCAUCAUCAGAAAAUAUACCAUCACCUAUGGAUUGGAGGGCUCGGCCCACACUCAGAUGCAGGACUUCAGGCCAAACGAAUACCGCGGCGUUAUUAAAUCUCUCAUACCCGGCAAGACGUACAUCUUUCGCAUUCAAGCGCAGACGAAGAUCGGCUUCGGCCCCGAGGCCGUGUGGAAGCAGAAAAUGCCGAUUCUCGCGCCGCCGAAACCGUCGACACAAGUGGUGCCAACCGAGGUGUGCAGGAGCAGCACCACGAUACAAAUACGAUUCCGGAAGAAUUAUUUCAGCGAGCAGAACGGCGCGGUCACGUCGUACACGAUCAUCGUGGCCGAGGACGACAGCAAGAACGCUUCCGGUUUGGAAAUGCCCAGUUGGAGGGAUGUUCAGGCUUACAGUAUCUGGCCACCGUAUCAG